AUGUCUGGCGAAAAAUCUGAGUUGAAGCUCUGGGGUGGUAGAUUCACCGGGAAAACCGAUCCAUUGAUGGAUUUGUACAAUGCGUCUUUGCCAUACGACCAAAAAAUGUACAAUGCGGAUUUGGACAAUUCUAAGUACUACACGGAGGGCCUUCUUAAGGUCGGCCUGUUGAACCAGGAAGAAUUGAGCGAAAUCCAUAGAGGACUGGAAAUCAUUCGCCAGGAAUGGGCAUCAAACUCUUUUGUCGAAAAGGAGGGCGACGAAGACAUCCACACGGCCAAUGAGAGAAGACUGGGCGAGAUCAUCGGCAGGCACAUCGCAGGAAAAGUCCACACCGGAAGAUCUAGAAACGACCAAGUGGCCACAGACAUGAGAAUCUACUGUCGUGAAGCGCUCGAAAACGUGGGUCAAAUCUUGCGUGAGUUGAUUGGCGCCAUUUUGCACAGAGCAGAGUCCGAAUUGGACGUUUUAAUGCCCGGCUACACGCAUUUGCAAAGAGCACAGCCCAUCAGAUGGUCCCAUUGGCUCAACCUUUACGCCAGCUAUUUCACUGAGGACUUCAAAAGACUACAGCAGAUCAAAGAGAGACUCAACGUGUCCCCAUUGGGAUCCGGCGCCCUUGCCGGUCAUCCCUACGGGAUCGACCGUGAAUUUAUUGCAGGAAAACUGGGCUUCGAAGGAUGCAUUGGCAACUCGCUCCAAGCAGUCUCCGACAGAGAUUUUGUUGUUGAAAUCUUGUUCUGGUGCUCCUUGUUCAUGAACCACGUUUCCCGGUUCAGUGAAGACCUGAUCAUCUACUCCACAGCAGAAUUCGGGUUUGUCAAGCUAUCAGAUGCGUACAGCACCGGAUCUUCUUUGAUGCCUCAGAAGAAGAACCCUGACUCCCUGGAAUUGCUUCGUGGUAAGUCCGGAAGAGUAUUUGGCUCUUUGUCAGGUUUUAUGAUGUCGCUCAAGUCCAUCCCAUCCACUUACAACAAGGACAUGCAGGAGGACAAAGAGCCACUUUUUGAUGCGCUUACGACCGUGGAACAUUCGAUUUUGAUUUCCACAGGUGUUAUUUCUACUUUGGCCAUCAACAAGGAAAAUAUGUUCAAAGCCUUGACAAUGGACAUGUUGGCAACAGACUUGGCCGACUACCUGGUCAGAAAGGGUGUUCCUUUUAGAGAAACCCACCACAUUUCCGGUGAAGCUGUGAGUAAAGCUGAAAAAUUGAACUUGUCUGGUAUCGACAAACUGACUGUUGAGCAGUACAAGGAAAUCGAUGAGAGAUUCAAUGCUGAUGUGAUGGAUGUUUUCGAUUUUGAGGCAUCUGUUGAGAGAAGAACAGCCAUUGGUGGCACUGCCAAGAGGGCUGUUUUGCAACAGAUCGAAAGCCUAAAAAGUCAACUUGUAUAG